CUCGUUGCCUAUUGCUCUUGCUCUCCUGACCACGCACCACCACUAAGACAACGUAUUGAACUCAAGUUUGAGCUGCUUCUCCUGACUCGCUUCUGCUUUGUUGAUGUUGCCGCGCUAGUGUUUGCUCCAGUCGCAUCUCCUGAAGCCAGACUCUCUGUCUAUGCUCCUGCUUCUAUUCCUAGCUUCCUUCCAUCAAACGCUCUCUUUGCCAAUUUGCUAGAUUACCGCACAACCAGCUGCUGACCAGCCUGCUACAAGACCGUUGCAGAUGAGCUAUCCACCUAGAGCUACACCUCUCUACGAUGCGCCCUGGCCUGACGAUGGUUAUGAUGAGCCUACACAACAGCUCAGUAUGCCCGUUCCUGGUGCUUGGCAAACGAUGCAUGAAACCAUGUACCCGCCGCCAUUGCCAGUACGCUCGCCUCCACCUGUUGCUCCAAUGACACAGUCGACUGCUUGGCCGCCUCUCCAACCAGCACCAGCACCAGUGCCAGCGCCAGCGCCAGCACCAGCAGGGCCAGCUCAACCGGCCGUCACGUAUCAUGGUCGACCCCUGCCAUCACUUUGUGUGCCUUUUACCUCGCCACACUCUCAAGCACUCCUACAACAAGCCAUGCAAGAUGGUCUAGCGCGGAUUUAUUUCCCACUAGCAGGACAAUACCUGACGCAAUCUGAACCUGCGUUUUGCGGACUUGCUACGUUAUGCAUGAUUUUAAAUGCAGCGAAUAUUGAUCCACGACAGACGUGGAAGGGUGUUUGGCGAUGGUACACAGAGACCAUGUUGAGUUGUUGUCGACCGCUUGCUACCAUUGAGAAGCAAGGGAUCACGAUGGCUGAAUUUUUGUGUUUAGCACGGUGUAAUGGGUUGGAUGCCUGGGCACGCAGUGUGGAUGCACAGCAAGGCUUGACGAUACAGGAACUUGAACGGGAUAUGAUGGCGAGUUGUAGGAGUGAGGAUCUGUUUAUGGCAUUGAGCUAUGGACGCAAGGCUUUGGGACAAACGGGUGAGGGACAUUUCUCACCGUUGGCUGCGUAUUGCAGGGAUGCCGAUGGUCAAGCUUGGUGUCUGGUUUUGGAUGUUGCGAGGUUCAAGUAUUGCAGUUACUGGGUGACGCUUGAAUCGCUCUUUGAAGCAAUCUGUACGAAAGACCCAGAAACCGGUCGUGCACGCGGCUACUGCCUCUUGUCGAAAAGUACAGGAGCAAGUAAUUCCUGCCAGGCUGUUGACUUUCGAGAGCCAGCAAUUGUGCAUAUCAGCCUGGACAAGAAUCAGGCGCGUCAGCUGUUCAGUAUUCCUGGUCUUGCUGCAUCACGCACUGUUCGGGAGCUGAAGGGCAAAGCAGCUGAUCUGAAGGCCUUUAGUGGGUGUAUCAGCUUGGUUCCCUUGGAAGCGUAUAAGCAGCACCCUGAGGCAGCUGAGCGUGUGGAGGAGCAGCAGCGUCAACUACGGAACAGUGGGUGGUCGAUGCAGGAUUUGUUUUAUGCUGGGUUGGUGGAACACCUCAACAGCCGUGUUGGGAGGUAUGUUCUAGUCUAUGAUUCUAUGUGA